AAGCACAGCGCAAGCAUUAUUUUCACGUUAGCGGCGUCUGCACCACCAAAUAGGAAUAGUCUGCACAUGCCAAGAGAAAUUAAAAAGACAUUUUUAUUUUAGCAAAGAAUUGCUCUGUAACCAUCAUGCCACUACGACAGAGUUUUCACCACAUAACACGUGCUGGACGGUGGGUUUUCUCAAAACCCAAAAAUGAAGUCUGUAGUCGAAAUUUUUCCAACUCAAUUCCUGUAUUAAACUCAGCUCUACGCCGAUCUUCACUUUUUGAUGCUGAAAAGGAAAAACAGCGCCAAGCUGUUGGACGCAUUGAAAAAAUUGAAGUGGAUGUUGUAUCAGAUUUUGGCAAUGAACUUUUAAUAAUGAAUAAAGAUUUGUCAACGCCUUACGAUUGCACCAAACAUAUUUCAAAGUUCGUGGGCCAAACAGCAGUUGUUGCCCUAGUGGAUUCAAAUCAGCCCUGGGAUAUGCACCGUCCAUUGUCUGAAGCGUGUAGUUUACAGUUUCUAAAGACAACUGAUAAAAAUCCCUGGAUUCCAAACAAUGUGUUUUGGAGGUCUUGCUCUUUUAUGCUGGGUGCAGUUGUCACAGAAGCAUUUAGGGAUGAUAUUUCUGUCAUAUUGCAUAGCUUUCCAUCCCCAAAUAUUCAGAGUGGAAGCUUCGUAUUAGAUGCCUACAUCGGCCUAGAAUCAUGGAUCCCGGCACCUGAAGAACUGCGCCAACUCUCCAAAGAAAUGAUUAAGUUGUCAGAGAGAGAGUUACCUUUUGAACGUCUCUCUGUGACACAAGAAGUAGCUGAAGAGAUGUUUUCUGACAACCCCUAUAAAAUAAACCACAUUUCAAAAAUAUUUGGAAACCACAAUGAAGUAGUUAUUUAUCGGGUGGGUAAUCAUGUUGAUAUCAGUCGCGGUCCAAUGAUGUCCCAUACAGGACUGAUUGGAAGGUGCACAAUAGCUUCAACUCAUUAUCUGAAGGAAGACCAGCUGUAUAGAUUCCAAGGAGUUGCCCUGCCUAAAGGACAUAAGCUUAAUCACUAUGCAUAUGGCAUUCUUGAGAAACGUGCCAUGCUUCUUAAUUCGCACAUGAUUCCAUCAGAGGCAAGUCUUAGUUAUGAACCAACUCCAGAGUAUGCCACAGAAGCAAAGGAAGUCAGUAAUUGAUGCAUUUUGGAAACCGCCCUUCAUGUCAUUAUCUGUUAUCGUAAUAAAUUACUGUUGUCUGUA